UGAGGCAGGUGAGCCCCGGGAGCCGCCAUGGCCGACCCCGCCCUGCCCAUCCGCCGCUCCCGCCGCGAGCUGGUGGAGGCCGUGCGGGACCGGCCCUUCCUCAUCGUCACCGGCGAGACGGGCAGCGGCAAAAGCACGCAGCUGCCCAAGUACCUCUACGAGGCAGGCCUGGCCAAGCACGGUGCCAUCGGUGUGACCCAGCCGCGGCGCGUGGCCACCGUGUCGGUGGCACAGAGGGUGGCCGAGGAGAUGGGCUGUGACCUGGGGGCUCUCGUGGGCUACCAGGUCCGCUUCGACGACUGCACCUCCGAGGACACUGCCAUCAGGUACAUGACUGAUGGGUGCCUUCUGAGGCAGAUCCUGACAGACCCCCUCCUCAGCAAGUACAGUGUCAUCAUUUUGGAUGAAGCCCAUGAGCGGAGCCUCAGCACCGAUAUUUUAUUUGGUUUGCUGAAGAAACUGUUCCUGCAGAAGAAGCCAGCAGGCAGGAGGACAGACAUGAAGGUGGUGGUGAUGUCAGCUACCCUGGAGGUGGAAAAGCUCUCGGAAUUCUUUGGGCACUGCCCAGUGCUGCACAUCCCAGGAAGAAGUUACCCUGUCAAGGAGAUAUUCUGCAACCUGCUGAGCCCCAGGGAUGUGAGCAGCUCUGCCUAUGUCACAGAGGCUGUGAAGGUUACCUUGGAUGUUCACUUGAAUGAACCAGAAGGUGACAUCCUGGUUUUCCUCACAGGCCAAAAUGAGAUAGAAAGAGCUUGUGAUUUGCUUUUCAAGAAAGCAGAAUCCAUCGAUUACCGCUACGAGGUCCACGACCGGGCUGUGGAUGGUCUCCUCAUCCUGCCUUUGUAUGGCUCCAUGUCCACAGAUCAACAGAAAAAGAUAUUUUUGCCAGCUCCCAGAGGCAUCAGGAAAUGUGUGGUCUCCACAAACAUUGCUGCAACAUCUCUGACCAUUGAAGGAGUCAGAUAUGUGGUAGACAGUGGCUUUGUGAAGCAGUUGAAUCAUAAUCCCCGAGUUGGUUUGGACAUCCUGGAGGUGGUUCCCAUCUCAAAGAGCGAAGCCAAGCAGCGAGCUGGCCGGGCUGGCCGGACGUCGGCGGGGAAAAGCUUUGGAUUGUACAGCAGGGAGUUCUGGGAGCAGUGCAUGCCCGAGCACACCGUGCCAGAGAUCAGGAGGAGCAGCCUGACAUCUGUCAUCCUCACCUUGAAGUGCCUUUCCGUGCAUGAUGUCAUCAGAUUUCCCUAUUUGGACCCCCCUGAAGAAAGACAUAUUUUGGAAGCUCUGAAGGAACUUUACCAGUGCAAUGCUAUUGACAGGAGAGGCCAUGUGACAAGACUGGGAGAAUUCCUGGUGCAGUUUCCCCUCCCUCCCAACCUGUCCUGUGCUGUGAUAAAAGCUGCAUCCCUGGACUGUGAGGAUCUCCUGCUUCCCAUUGCAGCCAUGCUGUCCGUGGAAAACGUCUUCAUCCGUCCAGGUGAUCCUCAGAAGCAAAAGGAGGCUGAGCUACAACACCAGGAACUUGCCUCACAAGUGGGAGGAUGCAAUGACUUUGCAACCCUCUUAAAUAUUUUUGAACAGUGCAAAGCAAGCAAGUCUCCCUCAGCCUGGUGCCAGAAAUACUGGAUCCAUUGGAGAGCUGUGAAAUCUGCUUUUAGUGUGGAAAGGCAGCUGCGGGAAAUAACCACUAAACUGAAACAGCUUCCAGAUUUCCCUAAAGAGACAUUUGAAGGCUCCAAAACUGAAAUACUGAGAAGAUGCCUGUGUGCAGGAUACUUCAUCAAUGUUGCUAGGAGAUCUGCAGCCAGGACAUUCUGCACCAUGGAUGGACAUGGCAGCAUAGUCUACAUCCACCCUUCAUCCACACUCUACAACCAGGAGACCCUGCUGGAGUGGAUCAUCUUCCACGACGUGGCCGUCACCUCCAAGAUCUACGUGCGCACCGUGUGCCCCGUGCGCUACGAGUGGGUCAAGGACCUGCUGCCCAGGCUGCACCAGCUGGACGCCUACGAGCUGAGCAGUGUGGCCAGGGAAGAGGUGACUGAGGAGGAAAUAACCAAGUGGAAGCAGAGGGAGGAGCUGAGAAGGCAGUGUGAAAGAGUCCCAGACAGCUCUGCAAGGAAGAUGGAGAGGAGGAAUGAUGACCAAUCCAUCCAGGACGCCCGAGCUCGGUACCUGGAGAGGAAGCAGCAGAGAGCUCAGGCUUUGAGCAGCCCAGAGAAGGAAACGGGGUAACUCUGGGGGCAGCUCUGCUUUGUGGUCAGCCCGAGUGCAGAGAGCACAAACACAACCUUCCCUCUGCUGCAUCCUGCAGGGAAAGCUUCCCAAGCUGAGCUGUGUUGCUGCAGGUCAGUGGCAACAAUUUAGUGGCCUCAGCUGUGGCUGAAGCCCUGAUGCCAAGUGUGGUGCCAAUUCUCUGGCAUUUAUUUCACUUAAAGAGGUCUCAGUGCCGUUAUAAAUUGUAUUUUUCUUAAAGGUCAGUCAGGGUUUAUUUUUGUAAGGAGUGGAACUGUAAGUUUUUUUACCCAUUUUAUUUUGUCUGGUGGUGGUCACACAGUCUUCAUGCUCAGGAAAAUGUGCAGGAAGGGCUCUUUUAAUGGUGGAAGCAGCAGGAUUAAAUCCAAAGGGACAUUUCCCACCUGCAUUCUGUGUUGUUCCUGCCCUGUGCUGUGCUGUACCAGGUACAAAACACAAGGAAAUAAGUGUUGUUCCUUGAGCAUCUGAAAGAGCAAGGAGCUGUGGUGCUUUGUCAUCAUAAAGAUUGUUUCCUUCUCAAUCAAGAAGUCCUGUUUCAUCACCAUAAUAAUCCUAAAAUGCUCCAGGGCUCGAGUGAGGAGUUUGUGUCAGAAUUUCCAAAUUGGAAGAACUUGCUGUGAUUUUUCCUGCCUCAGCUGUGUGCUCUGUGUCACCCUGGGCACUGGUUCAAGUGGUGGUGUAGCCUGAAUGAAACAUUCACCAUUCCACCUCUGCCUCACCUCAAGCAUUUCAGCACUGCCCAGGAUCCCAAAGCCUCCAAAACCUAAGGAUUUUUUUUAAUAUUACAAUAUUAUUGCUCAUAAAGAAAGUGCUGGGUCUGGUAAUUAAUUGUUCCUCUACCUGUGAUUGAUGGGAAAGGGUUUUGUUCUUUCAGGCUUUGCUUUGGAGCAGCAGCACUUGGGCCUGACUCAUCCUCUGCUCUGAAUUUUGCUGUUUAAUUGGAUUUAUAUUUGCAUUGUCACAGCCCCUCAUGAGUCAAAUGCCAUCUGCACCACCCAGUGGGGCCUGAAAUGAGUGCACAGAAUGCCCACUGUUCCUUCCUUGGGGCUAUAAAUCACCUGGCAGAUGCUAAUGCUUGCUGAUUUAUAUAUAUAUAUAUAUAUAUAUUUAUUUUUUUUUUUUUUUUUUUCACUUUCUUCAUAGCAAAAAGUGAGGGAUUUUCUCUCCCUGCCACUGUGUUCCAGGGCUUCUCAGAGGUUUAGAGAUGGGCAAUUUAAGACAAAAAUUAUCUGGGGAAGUAACUGAGCUGCAGAGUAAGAAUUCAGCCAUGCCAAGUGUGAAAGCACACACACAGCCCUGGGCAAAGCACCUGGAGUGCUGAAUUCAUCCCAGAAAAAGAGUUAAGUUUUUAAAGUUUUUACCUGUUUUACGUGCUGGAGUUAAAGUGUAAGUUAA